AUGGGUCAGCGGCCUAGUGGCGCCCAGAUCCAGCUGCUGGGGUUUGUGCUGGGAGCGGUGGGCUGGAUCGGAGCCGCCAUUGCCAUGGGGCUGGUCCAGUGGAGAGUGUGGCACGUGAGGUCGGCGGAGGUUGACUCGGGCGUGGCCUGGGUGGGCAUCUGGAGGGCCUGCCUCUGCAGCAACCGGCUGGCGUCCCCGCCACUCCGCGUGAUGUCCUGUCAGGCGAUGGGCGCAGGAGAGGCCUUUGUGCCGUGGGAGAUCGCCGCCGCCCAGCCGCUGAUGGGGACGGCCGUCGUUGCCGGUGCUCUGGGGAAGGCGGCAGCUGUCUCUGGCCUGUGGAGAGUCUACCUGGGCAGAGGGUGUGCCGGGCUGGCCAUGAGGGCCGCAGGGUGCUUCCACCUGCUGGCCGGAGUCUGUGCCAUCAUCCCUGCUGGCUGGAACCUCAGCUCCGUGACUGGCAGCCGCUCCAUCACCUUCCCGCCGCGGUUCGGCCUGCCCAGCUCCCCACAGCCCCAGGAGGUGGGUGCGGGCAUCUACGUGGCCAUCUUCUCUUCCGGCCUGCUCCUCCUGGCUGGUCUGCUGCUGCUCAGUUACAAGACUCCUGUGUUCUUUUCCAACAACAAGGUCCACCCUUCCGCCCUGGAUCCAUGGGAUAGAAACAGCCUGGUCUCUGGGGCCACCAUUUUAACGGAAAACCGCUUGCAUGCAGACAGUUUCUCGGAGUAUUCCCUGGCCAGCUGUGGAACGGAUAACCCGGCAUUCCGGACUGAGGAGUGCUGAGGAGGUUGGAAAGCCCCAAUGAAAAACGGCAAAGCCCCACAAUUCCUACACCUUGUGCAGUAUCUGCACCAAUGAGGCGGCCUGAAGGAAAGGUUGAGUUACCUGUUCAGACCAGAACACCUGAGACCUUGUGAUCUGUUGGCUGGUGGUCGAAGGCGGGCCACGUGGGACUCGGAGGAUGUGCCGCAGAGAACAAAGGAGGACCCAGCGUGGUGGGACUUCCGUGAGAAGUGGGGGGGGAGAACAUUGGAGGACUGGUGGGGAGAACAUACAGUCGGUGGAUCCGGUGCAGGAUACUUUAUAACUUUGUCAGCGUCUUUUAUGCGGUGACUUUCAAAUAAUUUUACUGUGACUUGUCACAUGUAACAAUAAAGUAUUCAAUUCAAUUCAAUUCAAUUGUUGGAUUGGACAGUGCUGAUAAAACGUGCUUGAUAAACUGUGGCUAUUUUGUUUGCAAUCAAAGGUAAGAAGGAUUUUGAAGGGGCAGGUGUGGAAAGAUGAUUCCAUUUAUGACAGAUGGAGUGGAGAGUAAAAGCCCAAAUCAUAGCUGCAAGUAGUUAGGACUAAACCCAAUAGGGAAUGGGAAGCAGCGGACAUGAUCCCCAUAUUACGUGUUUGUGGAGAUGCCGGGUAAACAUUUGUAGGCAGAAGGCAGCAGGGGAAAAUAAAGAUGUAAUUCUUCUGAAAAAGACUCAAUGGGUCAGAUCAGGAGAGAGAACCGGACUCAUGAGCACAGUAGGCGUGCAUUAAAUCAAAGCAAUUGGUGUGGAUAAUGUAUUUAAAUAAAAAUUUCCCUCGUGUUUUGUAGAAGAAAGCCAAUGUUUUUUUUUGAAUAAUGUUUUUUUGACCGGGUUUGUUUAUUAACUUGAAACAUAUAAUUCAGUUGGUUAUUUAAUUGAGCACGACAGCUUGGAGUUGGAGGUCUUGAGGUGGAACCACCUGGGCUGGUGACUAACGUGAUGCCCCCACAAUCCAAGCAGCGAGCAGGCAGCUGGUUUCCUGUUCCGUGCCUAUGUUGUUCCACUCUCAUCCACUAGAGGUGGCUCUGGAGUAGCAUGAAUACAGAUAGAUGCCUGAAUAUGAUGUGGAUUACAAACCAGACCAAUUUUGCAGUGGGGUUGAUCCAAAUAAUAAAACGUUAUGUUGUCCUUGGACAUCUCAGACUUUUUCAAAUGUGGAUUAAAAACAGGGAAUCUGGUGAAAAUGAGUGCCUCAGAGGCAGGGCUUUUCAGUUCAAGUUUCUCAGGCUGAGUCCCACAGAGAUAGUUUUCCAUCCCCUCUGUAGCUACUCCGGUAUCCUGCACCCAGGACUUACUUGACAACUGAUGGUGUUACAGAUGAUAGACACAAAAAGCUGGAGUAACACAGCAGGACAGGCGGCAUCACUGGAGAGAAGGAAUGGGUGACGUUUCGGGUCGAGACCCUUCUUCAGAUACAGAUGACCUCCCCUGCAGAGGUGUGACCUGCAUUUGUCAAUGAGAUCAAUGGCAGGUUUCUAAUGCCCCCCCUGGGAAGCACCUGAAAACCAUCGUUUGGUUUGAGCAGACAUUUAUAAUGCCAUGUUGCUUUAACCUCUCAAAAUGAUAAUUCAGGGUCAUAGUCUGUCGAUGAUUUCCAUAACUUAAUUAAUCGUGAAUAUUCUAGCUGGGUGCAGAACGUGACUUGCAUUUCAUCCUCCAUCUUCCAGAGGUUCUGAUGCUCCUCAGAAAUCAUUGUAACCUUUGUAAUCCCAUUAAUUACCACUUCUGCUUACUCCUAACCUGACCUCAUCUGACUCAUUCAUCCACACGAUUGCUCUGGCAGAGAGCAGCUGACAUAUGCAUAGAAGAAUCCCAGCAAUGAUGGUUAGCUGAGUCAGCAUGAAUGGAGGAGAAUUUUAGCAGGGGUUCAUGCUUCUACCCUUCCCAACUCCAUCACAAGAUCAGUUGAGAGGCGAUUAUGCAGGACUUUGGGAAUGGGGGGGAUGGAAAUGUAGACAAGUGUAGACGCUACAUCUUGAAGAAAUGAGACUCGUCUUAGCAGGAAAAUCAGCAAUUUUUAAAGAUAUGGUCUCCUUUUAUUGAUUCAUUACAAGUAUAGUAUGGUGCAACACAACUCUAGAAUUAAACCGAUUCACGAACAGGGUGAUGGGUGUGGUGAGAAAUGAAGCAGGUAUAUCAACACAUAAGGGUCUCUUUUUUUUUCUUUCUUUCUUCUUCUAUAGGCUUUUACUGGUUCACUCCUGGACUGCACUAUGCUAGUCUAGGGGUUUACACAUCACUAUUUCUUUCACUCUCUCUCUUUUUCGUUCUUUCUCCCUCGUUCUAUUUUUCUCUUGUUAAAUUAAAAAUAGAAGAUGUACAUUAAAUGUAUUUCGUCACAUGCCGCAGUCUAUACUACUGUACACUGCUAAUAAAAAUACAAAUAAAAAAAUAUUUAAAAAAGGAAAUGUAGACAAGGAAGAAAAGGUCUUGUUCUGGGUGAAACUAAAAAACACUGGUAGGAAUAGUUUAUGGGGUUCCUGAUGGUAGUUGUAACGUUGGGCAGAGCAUUUAUUAGGAAACCAGAGAAACAUAAUAAGCGUUGUACAGUAAUCGCAGGGUGUUUAAUUUUCCUGUCAGCAAACAAACCAAAUUUGCAAAAAUGUCGUGGCAAGUGCUCUCAAGAAGGCACUCAAGUUAGUUUUCAAAAUCAGUAGAUUAGAGAUAUGGUGUGGAAACAGGCCCUUUGGCGCUCUGCGAUGCUGCGAGGUUAAAUA